CUGAACAAUUUUUGUCCUUUUUUGCAUGUUAGUGAUUGUUGAACAGUAAUUUAGACCAGCCUCAUUUUUUUGCUAGUAGUCACCACCCUUUUUUACUUCCUCCUCCUUCGAACCUCCACACUCAAUUUUCUUUCUUUUUUCCUUCUGCAUUUUGCAUAAUUUUGAAUAAUAGAGCAUGUAGGAGUACUAUUUAUUUUCCCACCCAAAUACAGCUUAAAAAAGCUCAAAUCUUGACAAGUUUUGCUGCCAUGGAUCUCAGCAGCACCAAGUAUUUAGAGCCUGCAACCUUGUUUUCAUGUCAAGGGGGAGAAGGAGCAAUGGAGGGGAAUAAUGGGCUGUGCAAGGGGGGUUUAAAGAACCCAUUUUUGGAUUCCUUUUCUGACCCUCUUUGCAAGCUGAAUCUCAAGGAGACCUCAGACUUUGUCAAAUCAUUUCCAGUGGGAAAUGGGGCAGAAGGCAGGGGCAUUUCUGAGAUUUCAGUGACAAGGAGGAACGUGGAGGCUCCUCCAACUCCUGGGAGGCCUGUCUUCAGCUUCAGCAACACUUCAAAUUUUGCAAGAAAGAGCUUCCCUUCAAAAUGGGAUGAUGCUGAGAAAUGGAUUCUUGGUGGAAGUUCUUGCAAUGACUCCCCUGCUAACAAUCAUGGCUUAUUCAAGUCACUGGAUCAUACUACCUCAAGGAUGUACUCCAGGCAAUGCAGUGGGUACAAACCCCAACUUGGUGAAAUCUGUGCUGAGAAGUCAAGGAUCACUGAGGAGAAGGUCUCAAAGGUGAUUUCAUCUUUUCAAGGGCCUCUGGUUCUUGAUCACCAUCACAGCAGAGGUGGGCCAGUAUAUGGGGUUGCACUUUCGGCUUCAGAGGAUGUACUUUUAAAAGCCAAAGCAGAUAAAUUCCCAAAUGAAUUGAAUCAAAUAAUCCCCAAAUUUGGAUGCUCUGAGCCAAUGCAAGAAGGGUUUCUAUUUGGAAACAGUUUCAAGAAAUCAACUGAAAUAACAGAGGAAGUGAAACACAGAGACAUUGGCACAGAAAUGACUCCUCUUGGCAGCUCCACCACCUCGAGGUGCCCGACUCCGUUCAAGAGCACGUCCCCUGCGCGCCACACCACGCCCGCCAAUCGGUCUGGCCCGUUGGCCCCGGGUGGCGCAGACACCAUGGACAUAACUCAGCUGCAGGAGUGCCAUUUAGCAAAGCUGCACCUCGGCACACAGUUUGAUUCGGUCGCCUCAAAUUGGAGCUCGAGGGAGGAGGAAGAGGAAGACGUCUCGAAGAGCUUGAGGCACUUCGAGAUGAGCACCGAGUGCAGGAAAAGCGUGUUGGAGUCCUGGAGUGCCGGCUGGCAGGAAGAGGAGAAAACCAAGAGCUGCCUUAGGUAUCAAAGAGAAGAAGCAAAUAUUGAAGCUUGGGUGAAUCUACAAAGUGCCAAAGCAGAAGCUGAAUCAAGAAAGCUUGAGGUGAAGAUACAGAAAAUGAGGGCCAAUUUGGAAGAGAAGCUGAUGAAGAGGAUGGCGGACGUGCAUAGGAAGGCCGAGGAGUGGAGGGCCGAGGUGCAGUUUCAGCAUUCAGAGCAGGUUCGGAAAGUCGGGCAGCAAGCACAGAAGGUGAUGAACAGAAGGAAACAUAGCAAAAACAACAACAAUAACUCUCAUUUCUCAGGGCACAAGUCUUGUGGCUGCUUCCCUUGUAGUAAUAACCAUCUAUAGAUGUAAAAUGAAGGAAAAAAAGAUAAAUAUUUUAGCUUUGGGAGUAUCUUGUAGUUAAAUGCAAAAUCUAGGAGGAUGACACAUGAAUAUUUUUCAGUAAAAAGCUUCACUUUUGUUGAUGAAAUUUGAUAAUUUUUGCAUGAUGGGGAAGGGCAAAUUAGUCUUUUACCCUUGACAAGUUUUCAUGUAAACAAUGUCUUGCAAUAUGACAAAUUAUUGCAGGACC